AUGGCUGUUUCAGCCCCGCCGGUAAUCUCGGCAACUUCGAGCGGCUCCGGCGGCAGCGCCGGAGCCCCCGGGGGCUUGUUCCGGGCCGAGCCCCUCUAUUCCAGCAGCCCGUCCGAGUCCCCCCGGCUCACCACCAGCAUGAUCAACAGCUUCAUCGCCACCCCCGGCAACGUUAGCGGUAUGAGCGGCGGCGGCGGCGGCGGUGGCGGUGGCGGCAAUGAGUGUAAGAUGGUCGAUCUGCACGGAGUGAAGGUGGCUUCUUUCCUGGUGGAGGGGCAGGAGCUCAUUUGCCUGCCGCAGGUCUUCGACCUGUUCCUGAAGCACCUCGUAGGGGGGCUGCACACCGUCUACACCAAGCUGAAGAGACUGGAUAUCACACCCGUGGUGUGCACUGUAGAGCAGGUCAGGAUCCUCCGGGGGCUGGGCGCCAUCCAGCCCGGGGUGAACCGCUGCAAACUCAUUACCAGAAAGGACUUCGAAACUUUGUACAACGACUGCACCAACGCCAGAAGGGAGAGAGAGCUCACAAGAAAAAAAUCUGUGAAUUCUUCAAGGCCUGGAAGACCCCCCAAACGUUCCCUGGGAGUGACCAUACAAGAAAAUGCACGCCUUCUGCCUCAUGGCGUCCCAGGCCUCAUAUCUCCAGGCCUUAUCUCACCAACAGAGCCGAUCUCUUUCUGUGGGACAGCUCUCCAGGAGAUCCUCUCAGUAAGGCUUGCUGAGCAGCCCCCGACUCUUCUUUCAAGCUCAGUAGUUUUGCACACACUUGCAGAAAGCCUCUCCUUUUGCUACUCACUGCACACACUCAGUGCUCAGCAGAGUGCGAUUGACUUGGCCCCAGCCAUCGCUGAGCAGGCAGCAGAGCUGAAAUAUCUCAGGGCAGCAGGCCAUUUCAAAGGCCUCCAGCUUGAUGAUGGGCGCUGGAGUUGGCAGGUAUUAGAGGCCAUGAAGUUGCAGAAGAUGAAGCUCAUGGCAAUGAAAGUCCAUGGAAGUGGAAGCCAAAAUGAGACUGAAUCAGAAAAUGAAGAGCUUAAUUCUGAUGCUGGUGGAAGUGAAUCCUCCUGGGACAAGGAAAAGAUGCAGUCUCCUAUGACUCCAGGAACCCAGCCUGGUGUGAGCCAUGCCACACUGCCGGGACAGGCCAGCCUUGGAAGUGCCCAUCCACUCAAUCCUCUCCAGCAAAAUCAUCUGCUGACUAACAGGCUUGACCUGCCAUUUAUGAUGAUGCCUCAUCCACUGCUGCCUGUCACCUUGCCUCCUGCAUCAGUUGCCAUGGCGAUGAAUCAGAUGAACCACCUCAAUACUAUUGCCAACAUGGCUGCUGCAGCCCAGAUGCAUAGCCCACUCACCAGGGCAGAGGCUUCUGUUAUUAAGGAGAGGAUUCAGGAGAGCCCUUCUCCUGCUCCUUCUUUGGAUGAGGGCCUUCGCCCUGUGAGCCUUGAGUCUUCACAUCAUAGCAGCAGCAUGUCCAGCUCUCCUUCUCAUAUGGAUCACAUCCCGGAUAGAUUUGAAGAAGUGCAGAUGGCCAUGCCGAUGAUGAAACCAGGCCUAGAGAAGGCUCAACUGGCUGGUCAAGCCAUGCCUGCUGGGUUCUCCUCCCCAUUCAUUUUUGCUGAUAGCCUUUCUUCUGUGGAAACGCUUCUGACCAACAUUCAGGGCCUUCUGAAAGUGGCUCUUGACAAUGCCCGCAUCCAGGAGAAGCAGAUGCAGCAAGAGAAGAAGGAACUGAGGAUGGAACUCUUCAGGGAGAGGGAGCUGAGAGAGACCCUGGAGAGGCAGCUUGCUGUGGAGCUGCAGAGCCGGGCCACUAUUCAGAAGCGCCUGAAGAAGGAGAAGAAGGCCAAGAGAAAACUGCAGGAGGCCCUGGAAUUUGAGUCCAAGCGCCGUGAGCAAGUGGAGCAAGCUCUGAAGCAAGCCUCCACAGGUGCCAAUGGGUUCAGGCUGCUGGGGGUAUUCCAGGUGGGGAACAGGCCCCAGAGUAAUGCAGGCACCCUAGAGUUAAUUGCUCUUUUCACCAGUGCACCAAUGAACUCAAUGGGCUAUGCUGCCGUACCAGAGAGAGAAAUGGAGAACGGGACUCAGCCUGACAAUGCGGCAACAAUGCAAGGUUGA